AUGGCUCCUGCAUGCUCCUCUGCACCACUCUUUCUGUGCCUGUGUCUGCUGCUGGCAUCUGGCCUUGCCCAGGCAGGCAGGCUGCUGGUGCUGCCCGUGGACGGGAGCCACUGGUUCACCAUGUGCUCGGUGGUGGAGAAACUUGUCCAGAGAGGACACGAGGUGGUUGCCAUCAUGCCAGAACCCAGUUGGCAACUGGGACAGCCACUGAAUUUCACAGUGAAGAACUAUCCAGCUUCUUAUACUCUGGAGGAGCUGGAUCAUUCAUUUCGGUUCUUUGCUGACACUCAGUGGAAAACUCUGGAGCAAAGUAUGUACUCUUUUUCAACAGGUUCAUCCAAACUUUUGUUUGAAUUCAACUUUUCACAAUGUAGGAAUUUGUUUAAUGCAAAGGAAAUAGUUGACUAUUUGAAAAAGACUUCUUUUGAUGCAGUGUUAAUAGAUCCUUUCCAUGUGUAUGGAUUAAUUGUUGCCAAGUAUUUGUCCCUGCCAUCAGUAGUCUUUGCCAGGGUAAUAUUUUGCCAUCUUCUUGAAGAAGGUAUGCAGUGCCCCUUUCCUCUAUCUUAUGUUCCCAGAUUAUUCUCAGGGCUCUCAGAUGCCAUGACCUUCCAUGAGAGAGUGCAGAAUCUUUUUACCCAUCUCGAGGAAUGUUUAUUUUGUAAUUAUUUCCAUAAAAAUGCCUUAGAAAUUGCUGCUGAAAUUCUCCAAACACCAGUGAGCAUGUAUGAUCUCUACAGCCAACCUUCAGUCUGGUUGUUGCGCAUGGACUUUGUUUUCGACUAUCCCCGGCCUGUGAUGCCCAACAUGGUCUUUGUUGGUGGAAUCAACUGCCAUGAGGGUAAGCCCUUGUUGUCUCAGGUAAGUCCUCUCUGCUUUGGCACAUUCAGGGCAUCAGACAUUGCACAGUAA